CUAUAGAAUCAACUGGUUCCUCAUAAGUAUGAAUGUAUAGCAGUAUCUGUUAGCAUGUCACAUACCUGAUAAAUUCUCUUCCAUUCAGAGCCAUCCACAAUUUUUGACUAUAUUCUUCAGGCAAAGUACACUAGCAGUGUUCUGAUUUCUGAAGACCGAUGGCUUUCAUUUUUUCUAAACAUCAUACAGCUCCAUCGGAGGGGCCUAAUCCCAUCCUGCCUGCUGAAGAGAAUUUGGAAAAAAAUGAGAAGAGUUCAAUAUCUUCAGGAAUAGACAACACAAAGAGGAAAGAUAGAGAAUGUGCUGAUUAUAAUAUCCACAAGAAUUUAGGUCAGGAAAGAAUGUCUAGCAAGGGACAUCUUGCCAAUGUCAACUCUAUUGGAGAAGACCGUAGAGAGAACCAUAGACAUCAUAAUGGAAAAUAUUCCCCCAGUAAGGAAAGUAGAAAGCAAAGGAGCUACUGUGGCAAUGAGAAUGAUUUCAACCAGAGAAAUUCUUUGACUUUUGACAGUGAUGGGAAGAUGCACAGUGCUAAUAAUGAUUUGGAUACUGAAAGAAUGAGUGAGUGUAAUCAAGACUAUCAACACCGAAGAUAUUUAAAUGAAAAAGUGGAGCGCAGUCCUAGUCGUAGUAGAUAUGAUAUCCGAGAUGUUAGGCACCAUAGCCGGGAGACAAAGGAACGACACAGGGAAGCAAGUUUGGAGAUUGACAGGAAUGUAAUCAGAGAAAAGGACCAGGAAAGGGCAAGAGAAAAUUACAGGGUAAGGGAGAGCGAAAGAGAAAGAGCCCGAGUUAGGGAGAAAGAAAGGGAUAGACAUCGGGGAAAUGACAGCAGUCGAGAGAGAGAAAGGGAAAGGAGGAGAGAUAAGGAUAGAGAGAGCCAAGGAGGUAGAAGUAGGGACGUAGAGAGAGAUAGGGACAAUGUUAGAUCUCGCAGGCAUUGUAGAUAUGAUGAUUUUGGCAGGAGCUACGGCGACGAGGAUAUGUAUGGUGCUUCCAGGCAUAUUAGAGGUGGGCAUAAUAGAGAUGAUGGGACUGGGCAUGGCCACAGAGGCAGGUCAGGCAAUGCAGAAGGAAAAAAAUCCGAUAAAACAGUAGUGGAAUUGGGAAGGGAUAAAUUUAGAAGAGAUGAAGAUGAACAGGAGGAUUAUCAGGACAAAAUCACAUUCCAACUUGCUGAACAAGAUGAAGAUACUGAGAGGAUUAAGGAGGAGAGUAGACGGCUACGGCAAGCCAUACUUGAAAAGUACAAGAAUCAGCAGCCACAGACACCUGCUAAGAAUUGUUCAGAAGAAAGUGCUAAGCCUGAUCGAGAUGUUAAUGUUGUGCCAGAAGUAGAUGCUAGAGCCAAUGAUACAGACAUUUCUGUUGGCGAACCAGAAUUUUCUAUUGGAAAAUCUCCUCGCCAGGAUGAUCUCUCUGUGAAUGAGCAGGCUUCUGGAGUUGGUGGACUAGGACAUGGUACCCCGAAGAGUGAGAGGUUGAAUGACAUGUUUUGUGAUGAUAUAUUUGGAGAAUCACCUGCAGGAGAUCGCAAGCAAGGUAAAGAGGAUACUUUAGCAGUUGAAAGAGGUGGCCUUCAUGAUAACUGGGAUGAUGCAGAAGGGUAUUAUAGCUACCGUUUCGGAGAAGUUCUUGAUGGUCGAUAUGAGAUCAUUGCUACCCAUGGAAAAGGAGUCUUUUCUAUGGUUGUUCGUGCUAAAGAUCUAAAGGCUAAACAUGGCGAUCCAGAAGAGGUAGCAAUAAAAAUGAUCCGUAAUAAUGAAACAAUGUACAAGGCUGGUAUGGAAGAACUGGUGAUAUUGAAGAAGUUAGUUGGUUCCGACCCUGAGGAUAGGCGCCACUGCGUUCGCUUCCUUUCUAGCUUCAAGUACCGGAAUCAUCUAUGCUUAGUGUUUGAAUCUCUUCAUAUGAAUCUUCGAGAGGUUUUGAAGAAGUUUGGACGUAAUAUUGGACUAAAGCUUACUGCUGUGAGGACAUAUGCAAAGCAACUAUUUAUUGCUUUGAAGCAUUUAAAAAACUGUGGUGUUCUUCAUUGUGAUAUUAAACCAGAUAACAUGCUGGUGAAUGAAGCAAAAAAUGUUCUGAAGCUUUGUGAUUUUGGAAAUGCCAUGUUUGCGGGAAAAAAUGAGAUUACUCCAUACCUAGUGAGCCGUUUUUAUCGAUCCCCAGAGAUUAUACUGGGCCUGAAUUAUGACCAUCCAAUGGAUAUGUGGUCAGUUGGUUGCUGCUUAUAUGAGAUUUACACUGGAAAAGUUUUGUUUCCUGGCCAAACAAACAAUGACAUGCUUCGUCUUCAAAUGGAAUUGAAGGGUCCAUUUCCUAAGAAAAUGCUUAGAAAGGGUGCAUUUAUAGACAAACAUUUUGAUCAGGACCUUAACUUUCUUGCUACAGAGGAGGACCCCGUGACAAAGAAGGCUGUAAGAAAGUUGAUUGUUAACGUCAAGCCAAAAGACAUUGGUACUAUUGUUUUGGGCUCUCCUGGUGAGGACCCAAACAUGCUCUUACAUUUUAAAGAUCUUCUUGAGAAGAUAUUCAUGCUAGAUCCAGACAAGAGACUCACAGUUUCACAAGCAUUGAGCCAUCCAUUCUUUACAGACAAGAGACUCACACAUUCAUGAUGAUGAUCUUGACAGCAGUCUGCACACAUGCUGUUGCCCUAGAUUCCUGUAGAGUUAUGAUAACUAACCUUGGAUGACUCUAACCCUUGGGCAUUUAGGUGGUUUUGUUAUAUACUCUGCUGGCUCAAGGAACAAGAGUGCACUGCAUGAUGGAAGUGGGAAGAGAAUACAUCUGACUGGGGAGUCCUUGGAUGUUCUUUCAGUGGAAUAUUUUCUGGUUCUAUUGUAAGAUAACUUGCUGAUGGCAUUAUUAUCCUGUUAUGGUUAUUGUUUAAAGAUGUACUUGAACACAAAUGUUGCAAUUAUGAAGUUUACAUGCUAAACGAUUUCACAUUGAUAGAAGCAUGUCUCUCAAUGAGUUUGUUCUUCUGAGUUGGACCAUGACUAUCUCAAAUCUUGUUGAAUCCUUAAUUUUGUUUAUUUAAUAAUUUAUUUCUUUCUCUUUUGCUGUUUUUUUCUAAGUUCUAACUAAUAUCAUCUCACCUCUUUAUGUUUGAAAUUGCUUGGGUCCUGGAAAAUCUAAUUCGGCUUUUCAUUCAGGAUGUCUGCAGAGGUUAUGGGAGCAUCCAGAUCUUUAGGUGCUUGAAACCACCGACCCUUGAGAAGGUAUCUUGGUUAGUUCGUUAGGAACUUACUGUGAGAACUUGUGCAUUUGCGUUUUUGUGUGUUUCCUAAUAUUAAAUAUGCUUAUUUUUUCCUCUUACGGUAAUUUUGACUUAUUCUGCAUUGGAAUUUGGUUCUACAAUAUAUAAAUAGAAUAACAUAAUUUUCUAAUGGAUGAUGAAUAUACAAUAACAUCAUAUAUCCAAAUUUAUCAUAUAUCCAAAUUUAUAACAUACCACCUCAAACACAUUAAUGAAGUAGCAGUUAGUCAAACAAUGCAACUUUCGACGUUGAGCCGAGGGUCUCUUUGGAAACAGCCUCUCUACUUUCGAGUAGGGGCAAGGUCUGCGUACACACACCCUCCCCAGACCCUACUCUUGUGGGA